GAUAAACCAAGUCUAGCAGUCUUUGCCUGAUAUUUUUGACAAGGUCUUGAAAAUGUUAGCCGCUUCACUAGUACGACGGGUAUUGAGUACUCCUUCAACAUUAGCAAAAGCUGUUAUCUCACGCCAAAUACCACAACAACCCUCUUCAUUCCUUCGGUUUGUUCAUACCAACAGCGUUGAUGACGCGACAAAACAGGCCGUCAACAAACUUCGAGAUCAACUUCGUUUCUAUGCCAUAGCAGAGGUGGCAGGUCGCCCAUUGCUCAUCACUAAGAAUGACCUUGUCACUGUUCACCGUUUAAAGGAUGUGUCAGUAGGCGAUGUGCUUACUUUGGAUAAAGUGCGAGAAAUCGGCAGUAAAGAUUAUGUGCUACGCGGUCAGCCAUAUGUCAAUGAAGACUUAUUCAACAUACAGGCUACUGUUAUAGAACAGACCAAGAGUAAGAUGAUCAGCAUUACCAAGAAGAAGAGAAGAAAGAAUUACAAGCGUACAGUCACCCACAAGCAGACUCAUACUGUUCUUAGAAUCUCCAAUGUUGAUGUGAACAAGUUGGAUUAAAGAAAAAUCUCGUGCCAUUAAUGUCCUCACAUAAAACUUUGUAUAAAACAAAAAAGUAAUCCAAAAUAAAAAUAUAGACUCUCCCUCUGCAUCUCCUUCCUAUGCCUUUGUUUAUUCGUUUACGUAGAACUCUCCACAUAAAUUUCAAGUACAUUACGAAGAUUUGUAACAAAUCCAGUAUCGAGAUCCACCAGUUGUAUAUUGUCAAUGGUGUGCAAAGCAUCCUUGACUGCAAUAAACCUUAUGCUCACGGUUUGCGACGUUGACGGUUCAAGAGGGCUAAAUCAUUUGAAAGAUCGUUAGUUUAUGUGGCCAGAGGGAAGGAAUCACCCUGUGAGCUAAACCUACCUCAAUCGAACGUUG